UUGAACCUCAUCCCAUGACUGCUUUGCGCACUCGCGUCACGUGAAACUAUCAAAGUGCUCCUUUUUUCGGGCCUCCUUCAGAGGUGAGUUCACGAGUGCAUAAAUAGCACGACGUGAACAACACAUCUCAGUUUGGACAACUAUGAAGAUCUGCUCACUACUCAGUUUUGGGGUCCUGCUUGCCUCCGUUGGCGGGAUGCCACCAAUCAGCCGCGACUACAACACCCGCUGCCGCUGCCUCCGGGCAGAGAGCAGGAUCAUCCCGCCGGACAGCCUGCGGAGCAUUAAGGUGGUCCCUGAAGGUUCACACUGCACGCACACGGAGAUCAUAGCCAUCCUGGUGAGUGGUGAGCAGGUCUGCCUGGACUCGCAGUCGUCCUGGGUGAAGAAGCUAGUCCACUUUGUCCUCGAGAAGCAGCCUCGAAAGCGUUCUGGUGCAAAUUCACGGAGACCGGCAUGAGUGUUGUCUUCUUUUAUUUGUGCAGGAUUACAAAGCAAACCAUUAA